AUGGUCCACGCAGCAGGCGAAGAGCGCGCUGUUCAACUGGCCCGCGAGGCGGUCGAGUUGGUCGACGCCGGUCAUCGCGAGGCCGCAUCACGCAACCUCCGAGAAGCUCUUUCGAUCGCGCCCGAUAACAUCGACGUGAAAGCCGCCUUUCUUAAGAUCCAACAAGAAGAGAAUGACGGCCACCAGCUACUAGAUCUUUGUCGACGCUACGCGAGUCGUAAGGAUGAGUCCGCCGGGAAGGGCGCUGUGGCUUAUCUCCGCACAGACGGUCUGAAGCCGCCGGAGAAUGUGGCUCUAGAAGCGUUGAAGCUGUUGCUGGGUGAAAGUGCGCUGGCUCUGUCUGAGCUACAGGAUGAGAUUAUCUCUGGAUUGGUUCGCCAGAGCGCCAGUGUUCGACAGUACUUUUCGAACCAGCUUCAAGUUUCCGUGACCGCCUUCUUCGACGAAAUCUACGACCGUGGCGACGGAGCGGCAGUUUGCCUGGACACCGUGGUCUUGGAUCCUAGUGUCUGGCCAUCGGAGGACACACGGUUGCACUGCGAGAGUGAACUGUUUCAGCUCUUCUUGGCGAAGUUGAUGGAGUCAGGCCAUGACCUAGACGGCCGUUCUCUGAAGGGAAUCACAAGACUGUUGGCAGUUGACGCCGAUAGCCUUCAGCAUUUGAUUGACCACGAGGGAUUUGAAGUGAUUCUGUCGUCCUUGGACAACCGACUGCCCCUAGAGGUGAGGAGUCAAGCCACAUUAGCAACCGCCAAAUACCUAGAGGUAGCCAAGGAGAAUGGUACAAAGCAAUUCUCUGCCUUGAUUGGGGCCAAGGUCGCCAAGGGUCGCCUAGACGAUCUCAUCCUCGCCUUUUCCGCUGUGGCGGCCGUUUUCCCUGUGGCACCUCCGGCUGCUGCCAAUGUAUUCCUCUCAGACGAGUUCAUGAAGGCAUUGACUCCUUUGGCCGCACCGGAUGCGAAGCGCAAGCGUGUGGAGGUUACGAUUGCGGAGCUGCUUAAUGCAGCCUGUAUCAGUCGUCCCUGCCGCGAAGCAGUUACCAAAAACUUUUCCGAGUGGCUGUCGCACACCUUGACGAACGGGAGCGACGAGGGUUCUGAGUUGGCAGCGGUGGUCUUGGCGAAAAUUCGAGCUUCUGAGCUUAACACAGCCGAGAACGGCAAGGUCGAGGAUGCAGACACCGGUGUCUCUGAGCUGGUUCAACGUUUCAAGGGACUGAUGUCUGAAUCCAAGGCUGAAAAUGUUUCCCACGCCAUCGAGGGUCUGGCUUAUUCCUCGGUCAAGCCCGUUGUCAAGGACGAUCUCGUUAAGGACCCUUCCUUCCUCCGUGAAUUGGUUACGGUGCUCAAGAAGAAUAUCAGCGACUCUUCCGUGCUUUAUGGUGGCCUGAUGGUUAUUUUAAACCUCACCAGAUUCCUUCCCAACCUCUCGGAAGAGCAGAAGAAGAUGUCUCAGCUAAAGGACUAUGCGGAUGCAUCGGUUGGCAAGGCCAAGGCCGCUGCUGCUCCGGACCCACUGGAAGAAGAUGAGGUGGUGCUUGACCGCUGCAGGGCCGUCAUUGACGCAGGCGCCAUGGCCCUACUGGUGGAAUGUGGUCGAGUUGCGAUGCCCUCCGUCCACGAUCUCACAGCCAAGAUUCUCCUCGCCCUGGCACGGCGAACGAAAUCGCGGGGCACUUUGGCUCAACAGGGGCACCUUGCUACGGAGACGACACAGACCGCGUCCCACGCACUGGCUCGUAUCCUUAUUUCUGUCGACCCUGCCCAUGUAUUCCCAUCCUCUGGCUUCCCUCAGGUCACGUCUGCUGUGCGGCCGUUGCUUUCUCUUCUGACUACGCCCGAGUCGGCCCCUAUCUCGGUAGACCAGCCUCGGGAUUUGCUUCCCGUGUUCGAAAGUCUGCUUGCUCUGACGAACCUUGCCUCUUACCCACACGAUGAUACACCGGCCGAACUCACGGUCCGGGAAGGCUGGCCCGCCGUGGAAGAUCUCCUUUUGUCCAGUAACCCUCGUGUGCAGCGGGCUGCGUGCGAACUGGUGUGCAAUCUGAUGACCUGCGAGUCCGGCAUUGUCAAAUUUGCCGACGGCUCCAAGCGCGCGUCUCAACGCCUCCACAUUCUGCUGGCCCUCACCGAUGCCGACGAUUUUCCCACCCGACGAGCCGCUGGCGGCGCCGUCGCCAUGUUGACUGAAUACGAUGCCGCCAUCGCCGCCGUCUUGGAACGCCCACGCGGAGUGGAUCUUCUGCUGGGGCUUUGCCAAGAGGACGACGACGCUCUGGUCCAUCGAGGCGUGGUGUGUGUACGUAACCUCACCUGCGCGGCAUCUGGUGAUAUUGGAGCUCGUGCCAAGGAUGCGGUUCGUGCUGCCGGGGGGAUUGAGAUUUUGACUGCUUGCAUCAAGAAGACGUCAAACCAAGCGAUCUUGCAGGCGGGCGUAGAGGCUUUGAAGCCUCUGGUCCAGUAA